AUGGAUAAUUGUUCAUUGAUAAGAGUGAAUGAAGUUUGUCUUUUAAUUUUAUCAUUCUUAAAAGAUGAAAAGUUUAAAGAUACACAUGAAGUUUUCUCAAAAGAGUGUCAUAGUGUUAUUAAAAGUUUAGCAAAAUCACAGACAAAAUCAGUUAAAUCAUUAGUAUCAAUACUAAAUGAAUAUCUAAUAUUAAAAGAAGAGAAAAGAAAAAGAGAUUUGUUUAUAAAUUCAAUGGCAUUAAGUACGAAAAUAUCAACAAAUGAUGAAUUUUAUGAUAAGAUUCAUCAAUCAUUAAAUUCAAUCUAUAAUAUCGUUGAAGAUUAUUCUUAUUAUAAAAAUUUAAAAAUUCAAACAACUUCAAUAAAUGAUUCUGAAAUUGAUAUGUCUGAAUUAUUUCAAUCAACAACUUUAAAAAGAAAGAAAACUGAUACUCCAAUGACAACAACAACAACAACAACAACGCCAACAACAAAUACUACAACCCCUUCAUCAUUGAAUACUACCAAUUUAACAAAUACAUCAUCUACAAUUAAUAACGAAUUUCCAUUACCAAAUCCUCCAAAUGUAAUUAAAAAAACAAAUAUAGUGGAAACAAUAAAAGAUAAUUUAAAUACACCAAAUGGUGAUAUAUCAUCUACUUCACCAACAAAAGCAACAUCAACAACAACAACAACCACCACAACAGUUGCAUCUAAAAUGAAUACAACACCAUCAAAGAGAAAGAGUAUGACACCUAAAAAGUUAUCAACAUCACCAAACAAUGUUAAUAAUUUUAAUAGCUUUUCAAAUUAUACACCAAUUGUAAGUUUAAGUUCAAUAAAUAAUACUAUUGCCACAAACAGUUAUAAUAGUCCAACUGGUACUGGUAGUGGUGGUAGUGGUGGUGGUAGUGGUAGUGGCAAUAAUAAUUUAUGGUUGGAGGGUUUAGAAUUAGAUUUCUUAAAAAAUCCUCACUUACCUGAGAAAAUUGCAGAAUUAAUUAAUAAUCAAAUCAAUAAUAAUAAUAAUAAUAAUAAUAAUAGUGGUGGUUCUACUGAUAAUACAACAACUACCACAACUACAACCUCAAAUACAUCGACUACCUCCGCUACCAAUAGCAACAUCAAUUGGAACAAUACAGAGGAUGAAAAUAACUCUUAUGAAACUAUGGAUCUCGUUUUUCCAAAUAAUUAUAAUGGUUCUUUAAAUUCGACCCUAAAUGUAGAUAAUAUUUUAAUGUCCCUUGAAGCUGAUCCUGAAUUUUAUCAAUCAUAUACUUUAAAUACAGAUGAAAAUAAAAAUAAAAAUUAUAAUAAAAAUAAUAAUAAUGGAAAUACAGAUGAAAAUAAAAAUAAUAAUAAUAAUAACAACAACAAUAAUAAUAAUAAUAAUAAUAAUAAUAACGAUGAUAUUUUUAAAACUACAAAAACAACAAUAACAACAACAUCAACAACAGUAUCAGAACCAACUAUGGAUAAUAUUAUUAUUGAUAGUAAUAGCAGUAAUCAAAUUGAUACUGAAUUAACUCAAGAUACAUCAAUACCAAUAGUUGAGGAUACAUCAUCUUCAAAUGAUCAUAAUAUAUCUAAUGCAAAUCACAAAAGGACUCCUUUAAAUUUUUCAUCUCCAAAUAAUUCAAAAAUAUCUGUAUCAACACCAACCAAUACCUCCAAUGUAAAUUUAAACAAUCAUAACAACGACAGUAAUAAUAAUAAUAAUAAUAAUAAUAAUAAUAAUAAUAAUAAUAAUAAUAAUAAUAAUAAUAAAACACAAAUUUCUACUUCAAUUGAUAAAAUAACAUCGACAACAAAUUUAAUCACUCCAAUAACAUCAUCAGUUACAAUUGCUCCUCCUUUUAUAAAAGCAGCUACAAAAACAAAAUUAUUACCUCCGAAAAUGGAGGCUUCAACUACAACAUCUACUCCUUCCUCCUCUUCAAAGUUUAAAGAAGAAAAUAAUAAUGACAACAAUACUCUCAGUAAAAAUGUUGACAACGUUGAAAAUAAAUCAAACGAGAAUAAUCAAACAAAGACAGAAGAAGUUGAUAAUAAAAAAAAUGAAAAUACAGAAAAUAGUGAAGGUAAUUCAACAUCAAAGACUACCACAUCUCUCAAAAUUGAAGAGGUUGAUGUCGAUGACUUUUUGUCAACACUUAAUUAUAAUUAA